AUGAAUCGCACGCUGGUCGAGUGUGCGCGCUGUAUGAUGGAACAUGCUGGACUGGGAAAGAGCUACUGGGGUGAAGCAGUGAUGACGGCGAUGUUUCUUCGAAACCGCUGUCCAACACGUGCCAUCCACCAAGACAAGUCUCCAUUUAAAGUGUGGACGAUGAAGAAACCGAUUCUGGCCAACCUUAAAGUGUUUGGAUGCCACGCGUAUGUUCAAGUGCCUCAAGACAAACGCGCAAAAUUCGACUCCAAGUCAUCACUCUGUUGUUUCCUGGGGUACGCCGAACACCAGAAGUCAUAUCGAUUCGAGGAAGUAUCAACAGGAGCGAUCAAGAUCAGUCGCGAUGCCACGUUCAUGGAAGACAAGUUUGAUGAAGGUCCGCGCAACUACAACGAUGAUUCAAGUGUCGUUGAGUUUGAUGAUCAUGAUGAGGACGAAGAAAAAGAAGAAGGUAAAACUGACGACGACAUGAACUCGAGCGACGAUGACGACGAAGACACCAGGUCUUCGAAGAGCAACAUCAAGAGACACACGCGCACUCAAUCACUUGAGAAAGCCACCAUCAUUCCAAGUCCCUUGAGCGUGUUGGGGGAAACGCCGACUACAUUCAAGUCGGCGAUGGAAUUAAGUGACUCCGGCAAGUGGAAAGCAGCGUGUGACUCGGAGUUCGACUCGCUUCAGAUAAACGACACGUGGGAAAUCGUGCCUCUUCCGAAAGGUCGCAAGGCCAUCGGGUGCCGAUGGGUUUUUCGUGUAAAGGAGAAUCAAGAUGGCGAAGUUGAACGUUUCAAGGCAAGACUUGUGGCCAAAGGAUUCUCACAGAAAUUCGGAGUUGACUAUGAAGAAACUUUCGCACCGGUGGCCAAGUUCACAUCGAUUCGUGUGGUGCUCAGUAUGGCGGCUAAGUACGGCCUAAUGCUACAUCAGAUGGACGUCAAGACAGCGUUUCUUAACGGCUCCCUCAACGAAGACAUCUACAUGGACCAGCCGGACGGAUACCUGGAUGCAACACAGCCGGACUAUGUGUGCAAGCUAAAGAGAUCACUCUACGGCUUGAAGCAAUCGCCUCGCAUGUGGAACCAAACAAUCGAUGGGUUCAUGAUCAAGAUGGGAUUCAAGAAGUGCGAAUCGGACCACUGCAUCUACAUCAAGCGAGACGACCAAGACAUGAUUCUCGUGGUGCUCUACGUCGAUGAUCUCAUCCUGGCCAGCAGCAACAACGAACUCCUCAAGUCAACCAAGAUGGCGCUGAGCAAACGCUUCGAAAUGACGGAUCUCGGUGAGCUCGAUUACUUUCUCGGCAUGGAGAUCAAGAACGACCGUAAGACGGGAAUGGUGACUGUACAACAAACCAAGUUUCUCAAGUCCGUGUUAACCAAGUUCGGAAUGGAUAACAGCAAGCCAGUGAAGACGCCUCAAGGUCCCGAUCUGAAGCUCACCAAGAACAUGUGUGACCAAGAAUGCAAGCACGAAGACACCAUGUGCAUCGUGCCAUAUCGAAGUUCUGUCGGAGGCAUCAUGUAUCUCAUGGUCGCCACACGUCCGGAUCUAGCUGCUGCAGUGGGAUCAUUAUCCCAGUUCUCGUCCGACACAUGCCCGACUCACUGGCAAGCUUUGAAGCGUGUGCUGAGAUACCUGCAAGCAACGCCCAAUCAUGGUCUUGAGUUCGCACGUAAAGAAGGAAGCCGUAUCUGCGGGCACACCGACGCAGACUGGGCUGUCGACAUUGCGUCAAGACGAAGUACAAGCGGCUAUGUGUUCAUGAUGAGCGGAGGAUGCAUCAGCCGGAAAAGCCAGAAACAACGGACGGUCGCGCUAUCUUCAACGGAAGCAGAAAACAUGGCGCUUUCCGAAGCAACCAAAGAAGCAGUAUGGCUCAAGGUGUUGUUGAGGGAACUUGGUGAGAUGGCAAGCGACGAAGCGAUAAAGAUGUCUAAAGACAACCAAGGAUCAAUCGCUCUCGCCGAGAACCCGAGGUUUCAUAAGAGAACAAAGCACAUCAACAUACGCUACCGUUUUGUGCGUGAGAAGGUGGAAUCGGGCGAAGUCGAUUUUUAG